AAGGGUGUUGUUAGAGAUGUGUAAAUGUUAUGUUCUCUGUCAUAAAACUCACAGCAUUAUUCACAAUAUCCUAGUUUUGAUGUUCAUCUCAGACACUUGACCUGAGGCUGAUUGUCCACCUGUCUUUCUUCUGCUGCUGAUGUCAAAUGAUGAUGAUGUGUGCUAAACCUAGAGAACCUCUGUGAAGCUAAACGACUCUCCUCCACCUCUCUUCCAGGUCAGCCUUUUAAGCUGGACCCGAAGACGGCCCACAAGAAGCURCGUCUGUCCAACGACUGCCUGACCAUGGAGAAAGACGAGAGCUCCCUGAAGAAGAGCCACACGCCAGAACGCUUCAGCAGCACGGGGUCGUACGGAGCAGCAGGAAACGUCUUCAUCGACAGCGGCUGUCACUACUGGGAGGUGCUGCUGGGCGCCUCCACCUGGUACGCUGUGGGCGUGGCUUACAAGUCAGCCCCUAAGAACGAGUGGAGUGGUAAGAACUCCUCCUCCUGGGUGUUCUCCCGYUGUAACAACAACUUCAUGGUGCGUCACAAUGGCAAGGAGAUGCUGGUGGAGGCCAGCCACCAGCUCCGACGUCUGGGAGUCCUUCUGGACUACGACAACAACUCCCUGUCYUUCUACGACGCCAUGAACUCCCAACACCUGCACACCUUCGAGGUCAGCUUCCUGCUCCCCGUGGCGCCCACCUUCAUGAUUUGGAACAAGUCAGUGAUGAUCCUGUCGGGGCUUCCGGUGCCGGACUUUGUGGACUGCCCUGAGGAACACCAGGAGGGGAUGACGACCCUGUGCCGCCAGCAGGAGUCACCCUACGUGUCGGGUAUGAAGGGCUGUCACUGAGACCGGGACUGGGGCUGCGACUCGGCCUGUUGUCACAGAGACGGCUGAGAUUGGGGUCGUUGUCACGGAGACCGAUGAGGGCUUGGACUGGACUCACUGGACUGGGCUGGGUUUGACUCACUUACUUCCUGGGUUUGUGGGCCAAUGGGGAUGAAUCUUCCUCAUCCUCUGCUUCCUGCUUCCUCCUUCCUCAUUUUCCCCCAGCUCUCCUCUUUUCUCGUCAUGGAUGGUUUCAGUUACAAUGCCUACUAGUUGUCUCAGUGUGACGAUGUGUUUUGUUGUUUAUGAUAUUUACAAAUCAWCACAGAAGCUUGACUUGCAUUAUGUGACUACUAGUCUUGUAUUAUAAGAAACUUUAUUAAUCAUGAUUGAUUAGAGGAGAAUGUUAAUUAUUUAUGAAUAAUAMGUUGGUUUGCUUUAUAUAUUUACAUUUAUUUCCCUAGUGUGUAAAAAAAAAAAAGACAGAAAAUGAAUUUGGGCAGGAUUGUUCUUCCUCUAGAAAGCAGAGUGAAUUUAUAUUGUAUAGAAAAGGGAUAUGAUUAUGAUGUUUAUGCGAUUCUUAACACAGUCAAAUUUACAAAACUGACGGAGAAAAAAAGUUCACAAAGUUGAAUAUUCAGGGAGGAGACGGUUAAAACAUUUGAUUUGCUAUCGGUUUUGAUGUCAUAGCAUGAUAUGUCUUUCCUCUGUGAUUGGUUCACACUUCAUGUUUUGUUUGGUUUUGUUUUGUCGAAAAGCAUGCUGCAUUAUGGGAUCCCACUUAAACCUUCUGGUUCACAGGUUAUUCUAUAUACACUCUAUCUCCUUAACCCUUUACUGGUUCACUUCCUGGUUAUCAUGAGGCACUCCCUGACUCCUGACCAAUAGAAUCCCUCACAGUCACUACGGAGCUCCACCACCUGCCCUCACAUCCAAUCACUGGUCGAGGUUUACCUACUACAGAGAGGUGUGUUAUUGUUGAUUGUUCCCCGUAUAUAAAGUCCCAAGACAAUGUAGACCUGUUAUUUUCUUAUAGAAAUCAUUUGAUUUUCAUUCAAGAAAAUCACAUAUUAACCUUCACCAGAUAUGGAGAAGAGAAGACCAUACAAAUCUAUGACAUUUUCAUCAAAAAGUUAAGCGUUACAUAAUCAUAUAUUUAUUUGGGCCUGCUUUUUAUCAGUUGGUGGUGUAGAUUAUAAAUAUGAUUAUCCUCUGAUUGAUAUUCAGGGAUUGAAUACAUAGUGGRUCUGAUCAAGACAAUCAAUAGUAUAUUAUUAUGCAGGCAGGUUUAAAACAUAACAAGGAGUGUGUAACAGGAAAACCGAUGAACUAUAGCAUAACGUAAUACUUGAGAUACUAACUGUUACUUACUGAAAACGAACGGGUGCUUUUAUUUUUUACAGUGAUUUAAUAAAAGUAGUAGUGAAGAUAUUGGGAACAGACAGACUCAUUACGACUGGUCAUSCCACCGUUCUGAUGGCAGUGGUUCCAUCUCACUCCACACAUCAGUGGCUUUACGCCGCGUCCCCAAAUGGCACCCUAUUCCCWAUAUAGUGCACAACUUUUGAAAGUCAAAAAAGAAUGCGCUAUGUGGGGAAUMGAGUACCAUUCAAUCCAGCCUUAGUUUUCCCGUUCCAUUUCCUGUUUUUUUGUUUUUAAGUUCCUGUUUUUAAUUGAAAGCACAAACUACCCAAUCUGGCAGAUGUAUACUUGGCAGAGUGAGAGUUGGAGACAGAGAGACAGAUAUAUGAAUGGAUCUGUAACUUAACUGCCGGUGAGUCCUGAGUACCGUUAUAGACCUAAAGACGACAGCGAUGCAGCCGCAUGGCSAGGGUCUUCUGUUUUAAAGAGCUGGCUGAAUACUGGACUCUAAUAAUCAGAGGUCUUUUAAAUAACACUGCUUUGAUUAUAACAGGUGGCAACACUUCACUGUAGWCCCCUUUUAUGUAUGCAUUCGUAAAGCCUUUAUAACWGCUACAUAAGACAUAACAUCAGUYAUAUGCCGUUAUUAAGGGUAAUACAAAGGUCACAGAGCUGGAUAAAGAGGUUGUUCUCUUUUCUUUAGUCGGGCAGCAGAUUUGUGAAUGUUAACAUUUCUUGAAUUCUCAGAAAGCUGAUCAAGAUGAAGUAAACAGAGGUGGAAAGCUGGCUGUUGAUUUCUGAGCUAAAACUGACAAGCUCAAUUCAUUUGUACAAGAAGUGCAUUUGACUUGGGAGUCACCUACCGCAUGCAUGAUAAAUGUGUCUCUGAUCUACUUGGUCCAUACAGUCUGUGUAUCUCAUGAAAGUUUUAUAGAAACAGAUUAAUAACAAAAUGUCUAUUUGAAAUAUACAACUUUAUUGAGACGUCUGUGUUCAUGCAUAUCAUUCAGRUAGUUUUUGCUGUGCUUUGUGCUACUACUACCGGUCAAUAAACAUACUAAGAAUAAUUGAC